UUAUGUGUGCUGAGGAACUUCUUUGCAAUUUGUUGUGAACAUAGAACUCAUUGCUCUGUGUGGUUGAUGAAGGAGUAUGGAGUGUUUGAAUCUUGGACUAAAUUGGCCAUGAUCCCACAGUACCUUGGCAUACACAUUAUUCCUCUGUAUCUUUGGGAAAAUGAUGUUCUUCAUGGGACUGCUGCUCCCUAUUCAAGAAUAAUUAGGAAUAACUUAAACUAUGGUAACUUUAAGUUCCCUGUCAUUGAUAGCCACAGGGAUGACAUGAUGAAAGUUUCUCCUUUGUCUAAGCUCUCCAUCGCGGCGAAGCGAUUCCAUAUUUAUCAUGAAAGCUUGGUUUCACCAUCACACUGUGGUCUUGUAAGUAGCACAUCUGAAAUGUGUUGGAUCAAAGUCAUCAAAAACCCAUGUCUACAAUUUCUUCCAAGUGAAUUCCUCUAUUGGGCUGCAAAACUAUACUUUCUGUCCAUGAUUAUUUUUGAACAAGCUAAGCAUUCUUAUCAAGAUCAGAUCCUAGGCAACUCCGAUGGCUAUUAGCUAUGCACGCACUUCUUUAUUUUGUGAUCAUUCAAGAUAUGAUAUGUUGAAAACCUCACUGAUGAUAAUGACUUUGGUUAUGAUGUUGGAUUAA